AUGAACCGAGAAAUUCCAGGGUUUUACUAUGAUCCUGAAAAGAAGAAAUACUUUGCAAUUCAGGCAAACCACAAAUCAGCGCCGGGGUCUCAAUAUUCCAAAGAUGCCGUCAAGCGAAAGCGCGCUGACCAAGAGAAGUGGCAACGAAAAGCCCGCCUGGUCCAAAGGUAUGAGAAAGAAAAGAUCAAGAAAGCAGCGUGCCUGCAACAUCCCCUCGUGCAGGCACGUAGGGAGAUAGGCGCGCUUCCCGCAACCAGAUCUGUCGAACAUGAACAGCGAGGGUUGGCGUACGUGAGCCAGUUCCGACGAAAACAGUUACAUCAGUUCGAACCUUGGCCAGAUCAGUAUACGAUAAAGCAUAUUGUGCGCAAUCCGCGGUCCGGGAUCUUGAUUGCUAGCGGACAUCGCGGUGGCGAGUCGUCAGUGUCUGUUUGUUUCCCUGAUUGUGAUCAGGAAAAAUGGACAUACAAUCGAACUAUGGAGCGGCUCCUUUUCAAAGAGCCGUAUAGGCUCUCAUCACUUUCACUAAGUCACACCGGAUACCUAUUAGCGACGAUGGACAGCGGUCCAGAUGGAGACUCCUUCCUCGCACCCCGAAUGCUCCCAGAUCCCGACGAAGGCGGAGAUUAUCGAUGGCCGCCAUUUUUCUCACAUCCGAUACGCAUCCACACCACCUCAUCCCUAUGGUGUUCCUCACCGUCCCCAACAGGGGACAUGCCACGCUUCGCUGUCGGCACGUCAGAAGGCCUCUACACCCUAGAGGGCUUCGGUAGCUACUGGGCACUUUCUAAAAAGCCCUUCCCAAAUGACAAGUCCAUAAGCAAUCCGAAGCGCCGCAGCCCAGACUCCUCACACACUCAGAUCACCGCCGUAGAAUGGCUGUCGUCCGACGUCAUCGCAGCCGGUCUCAAAGACUCCACUAUUUUCCUCCAUGACAUCCGCUCCGGUGGAAGUGCAGCGCGGCUCCAGCAUCCUCACGCUGUCACGAAGAUCCGCAAACUCGACCCAUAUCGGAUUGUUGUCGCCGGAAUAAACUCUCUCCAAAUGUACGACAUCCGCUACCCACCCAAUAACCUGCAACGAAACCCAAAUCCCAACGCAAAACACCACACCUCUACAAGGCCUUACCUCAACUUCUCAAACCACUCGCUGGAAAUCAUUCCGGACUUCGACCUCAGUCCCGAGCUGGGGAUUCUUGCUAGUGCCUCCUCCGAUGACCGCACAGUGCAGCUAUUUUCGUUACGUACAGGAGACCAGGUCGUCUCUCCACUAACGAGAUACCAGUAUCCGGACUCGAUCAAAUCUAUUUGUUUUGAGUCUGGGAACUCAUCGCCCCAUGGACCGCAGACGCCUAGUUUGUUGGUUUGCUCUGAAGCGACAGUCGAUGAAUGGAAUUGGUGA